AUGAGAUGGUACAUGCAGGGGCUGUUUUCGGGAAUCCGCACGAUGGUUUCUGCGUUAACGGCAUGCGCCGGGGUGAGCACAGGUCGACGUACGAUUGGGUUCGUGGCCGUGCGCGUGUGGAAUGCAAGAGCGCCCAAUUAUCAUGGAGCGGCCGCAAAGGCGCACGGGAGGACAGAGAAGUGGAGCGCAGUGUUGCAAUCGCUCUGCGAGGCAUCCCGACAACGUGCGAACAUCAGCCCAGGUCAGUACAUUUCUGCUGCCAGCGCGUGCGGCAAAGGUCAGCAGUGGCAAUGGGCCCUGUCCCUUCUCAGCGAGCUGGCUGAAGCGAAGCUCCGGGCCAGCGUCUUCAGCUAUAGCGCUGGGGUCAGCGCGUGCGAAAGAGGCAAGCAGUGGCAGAGGGCACUGUCGUUGCUCCGUGAAAUGCGGGAGGCGAAGCUGGAGCCCAACAUCAUCUUCAGCUACAAUGCUGGGAUCAGCGCGUGUGAGAAAUGCGAGCAGUGGCAGCGGGCGUUGGCGCUGAUGAACGAGAUGCGGGAGGGGCUCUCUCGAGCCUGCACCGGCUUGCCCUACGGCCACCUGGGCCGGACGUCUCCCGACGGCCUCGGAGUUCCAGAGACUCCCGCGGACGCAGAGAGCGCCCACUGCAGCCCAACGGUCAAGGUCGCCCUCGACGGCUUCGCCGACGAGCCCCGACAGGUGAUGCAGGGCCACGUGUGGAGCGUGCACCCCAGCAGGAAGGUCAUGCGGGAGUAA